UAAUGUAUUAGUCAGGUAAGCAAUGCCUGCGUAGAUAUGUUCUUCAAGGGCAUGCUGAUGUUUUACAUAAUGUCAAGCCACUGGAAGCACCAACUACUUUUCAAGAUAUGAAAGUUGUGGGAUUGGCAGAUGCUAUUGAAGGGAGAGUCAAUGUCAUCUUACACAAUGGACAGAUGCUCAGAUGUACGUUUCGUAGAUACCCUUCUUCAUCAUUAGCAAAUGAUUGCAUUGCAGCGAUGGCUGAGGGACUUGAAGCUAAUUUAUACAAUCACUUUACGGUUCUUCUUUGGGGAAAUGGCGACUCAGCAUAUCUAUCUAGGGUGGAUUCUCCUGUUGAUUCUGAAUGGGAGUCUUUUUCUGCUAUUAUAUUAGAAAUUUUGGCAAAAAAAGAAAACUUCCUCAACCAUAUUCAGGUGCAUCAUGGGAGUUUCUCCUCCACAGCAGCUUUCAUGAAAAGUAUUCUAAAUCUCAUUUCACGAGUGGAUUUUCUUCUAGAAUGUCGCUUCAAAGUGAUGAAUCAUGUUCUGCUUCCCAACAGCUGGAUACAUUCUAUUCAUCCGAAUCUUUGAUAGAGAUCCUUGAUUUACUACAUGUAGUUUAUGAAAGUCUGAAACUUAAUC